AUGAACUCCCUACAUUCCGAACGUCUUCACUUCCGCGCCUGGGAUACUUCCCGCGACAAAGAAUGGUAUUUCACAAUGCAUUCCAACUCAAAAGUCUUCUGCAACACUUUGAAAAGCACAUUCAAGCCUAUGAAAAAAGAAUCACUCGAUCUAAUUAUCAACGAAUUCGAGACGGCGCUGUUGUGUGUUGUCAUUUGCAAAAAGCCGGCAGGAGACCAAGAAGCAGAAUCCCAGAGAAUCGGCCUCCUCAUGAUCAAAAACAUCCCUCCGAGCCAGAAGCAAAAUCGCUGCGCUAAUCUCGGUAUUGAAUUGGGACUUGACGCGCAAGGUCAAGGCUAUGGAAGUGAGGCUUUACAUUGGGCUCUCGGGUGGGCUUUUAAGAUGGCAAAUCUACACAGGAUUCAGUUGGAAUUGGAUGGGUGGAAUGCAAUUGCCUUGAAGUCAUAUCAGAGGGUUGGGUUUCGUGGAGGAGGGUCGUUUGAGGAAGGCUGUUUGGAGGGAUGGGCAAUGGUGGGAUCCUCUAAUAAGCUAUCAAAACAAAACCAGUGGUGCUACAUCGGCAAACGAAACGUCGAAAAAGCGAUUUCACUCCACCAAAAUGUCACACCAGGAGGCCACUCCGACAUCUUUUCAAUCAAAUGGCGCACAUACUACCUUGACUACAACCCACACGGGCACAGCGUCCUUAAAAGCGAAUUGGUCCGCGAGAAGCUAGCUGGAAUGACAUCCGAGCAGCGCGAGGAAUUAUCCGCUAACAUGAAAAGUAUCGGACGCACUUUCGGUAUCAGUUUCAUGCAUGGGGAUAACAUGGGCGAUACGCGCAAUGCUCAUCGUCUUGUUUAUCUUGCGCAGGGCCAGGCAUCGGGGCCUGGGGGUAUUACUUCUGAAAUAGUGGUGGAAAAGAUCUUUGAGGCUUAUCAUGAGCGGGGAUUGGAUAUUUCUGACAACGGUGUGCUGCAAAUGGUGGCUGUUGAAGUUGUCUUUGAUCGGAUCCAGGUGGGAGGGUGGCCUGGGAGUAGUCUUGGGGCUGAUGAGGUUGAUGAGGAAGCAAAGGUGAUUAAGUCGGAGUUGAAGUCGGGUGUUCCUGUAUUUAGUAUUCAGUUGAGGUUCCGGGUGGAUGGCUUGGGGGAUCCUUCCGAGUUUCCGGACAUAUUUGCAUCAGUGAAAGCCGCUGAAUCGGUGGAUGUAGAAGCAUAA